AUGGAGAUGGACGAUGAUCCUGAUCCAAUGCCACCAACCGGGACGCCAACACAUCCCAUCAGUAUCUCCAGCGGUUCUCCUUAUGAAGGAUCGCCAUAUCAAGGCCCCGAUUCAUGGGCCAAAAGGUGUAACACGUACCAAUGGGAAUUUACCCCUUCUUUUCAUAACUCUCCUCCACAACCUCCAUUGGAGGAACCGUAUCUUCAAGCGGUUACUCCACCGCCUUUGCCCAUUGAGGAACCACCUCAACAACCACCACAACCACCUCCUGAGCCACCAAGGCGAAGGAGAAAUGCAUGGAUUGUUCAAAUCGUGGCUGGCUCCGACGAAGUUAACAGUCAUCCGGUAGAAGGAAACAAUAAUGAUACCAGGAUAAAUGUUACUGGUGCUGAAUUACAAGCAAUGAUUGACACAACAGUUGCUCAAGCUGUGGACAAAAUGUUCAAGGAACCGAGUAAUGUUCGGUCUAAAACUCAUACAAAGCCCCUAUCGCAUUCGCAUACAUCGAAAAAGGAUAACUCUCGACACUUAUCCAAUCAAAAGAGUGAACCUCAGAGGAAAAUUGUUGUCAAUCAGGCUCCUAAGUACAACAAAGGUUGUACUUACAAAUAA